GAUGUUACUGCUCACCUCAGUCACCAGAGGACGGGGUGCCACUCACCCAGUUACCCAGAGACCACUGCCGGAAACUCAACAGAAAAGGAUACAACGUCCUGGAUAACAACUACUGGAAUAAAGCGAUAAAUAAAUACGUUACACUUUAUAACGGAAGCGCGUUCUGGGCGAACAAACUGCCCGACAGUAUUAUCUGGCUCCAGCGAGGUAACCAGCUGGAUGUUGACAGCUGCAUGGCAACCUGCAGAACUAAGGAGGAAAUCGCCUGGAUGGCGAUGGGACUUGAUGAAUGUAUGUGUGGCUUCCGAACAUUCUCGUCUUUGGAUAAACCAAUACAAGCGCAUCUAUCCAGAGCUGCAAAGCCGGACUCGAGGCUGUUUUUCUUGAUGAAGUACAGGGGACCAACAAAAGAUUUUCGUCCCGGACAUUUCCCCUAUCGAGAGACACGGCUUCCGACGUAUGGAAAACGCUUCAAACCUGACGACGUGGUCAUAUCAAAGAAAUAUGGCGUGACCUCAGAUGUGGUCAACUUAUUUAACUUCAGACAUCCACGAGCACUCACACAUAACGAAACUGAAGCAAGAGUGAACUCAAAACAAACGAAAGGUUUCUCCAUUUAUUUCAAGGCAAAGGCAUAUAGAAACCACAACUAUAAGGAAACAAGAAGAAACAGGACUAGAAACCAUACCUAUAAUGUUACGCGUAAAGUGGACGGAGCCAAAAUACACUUCUUAAACACCAGCAGUUUUGAAGACCACAUGGAUAUCAGCACACUCAAUGGGAACCUGAACGUCAACAGCUCAAGGAUACGAGCAUAUUUUGGAUACGAAAAACAUCCGUCUUAUCGAUGGUCUUCAGUUCGACUUUUAGUGGACUACAGAUCGUCGAAGUUUUCGUCUGAAAAUGGCGUGAUCGAGAUGAGGAGAGUGCGAAGUUCAUCGAACCAAUUUCGAGAUGGCAUACGCACAAAUAAACAAGAGAAGGCUGGCGGUCAACUGUUUAUAAUCAGGGACGCAAUGUUCAGCAACUGCUUCGGCGGCGUGGCGAACGAAACUGGCUGGAAAGAUCUUGGCGCAGAGCCGGACACGCUGAAAAAGUGUACAUGCGCGUGCAAAAGGCACUAUCAAAGGAAAAGAUCGAGCCCAGCUGCCGCGAUUCUGCAAAGGCGAAGAUGCUUCUGCUCCUCAUCAGCGAAAAAUCUGGGCGUUCUCAUCGCAAUCAUACCCCAGCCAGCUGAAUGUCCCAAAGAGACCACCAGAGAGGCCUUCACUGAUUUCAACAAAGACUUCAGCAGGCAAAACAUGUGUAAAGAAGACAAGAAAAAACAGUUGCCCUCAGCAAAUCAGCGUAUACGGAUAGACACCGGGCUCGUUCUAUUUGCAGCAGUAUGGCACAAGAAAUUCGGAAACACGUCCACAUUACAGGAGGCCCACCUGGAGCGAGAUUUGUUUCCCAGGACUUACCGCCUGCGUUUUAACGUCACCGAAAAGCACGUUUAUCUAGAGAAGAUCACCGUCCGAAUAGGGGAACAGGCAGCGUUCUCUGGAUAUAUGCUGCAGUCGGAAAAGAAAGGAUGAUGGGGGAAACCCAUCCAGACAGCUACAUGCACAUCUACAAACUGCGAGAAACGCCAUCAAUCUGCAUCCACGUCGCCACUGUCAGUUGGCUAUGGGCGGCCGGUGAAUGCCUGCUGUGUCUGUGGGGGAAAUAUUUGGUUGAUUUAAGGGCUAAUUUUUAUACGACUGAUUCUACAUACCUGGAUAACAUUGUGUAAUUGUGUUAC